AUGUUGAACCAGUCAAGAGUGAAUGGAUUCAUUCUGCUCGGAUUCUCUGAAAUUCAGGAGCUGCAGAUAUUCCACAACGUAAUUUUUGUCACAAUGUAUUUGGUGGCCUUGAUAGAAAACCUUCUCAUCAUCACAGUCAUCAUCUAUAGCCACCAGCUUCAUACACCCAUGUACUUCUUUCUGGCCAACCUGUCAUUCCAAGAUUUUGGUUCCAUAUCGGUUACAGUUCCCAAGUCCAUUGCAAAUUCCUUGAUGAAGACCCAAGCUAUCUCUUACUCUGGAUGUGUCUGUCAAGUUUUCUUCCUAGUUUUCUUCCUGAUCUCCCACUACCUCCUCCUUGGUGUCAUGGCAUAUGAUCGCUAUGUUGCCAUCUGCAAUCCACUGCAUUAUGAGACUGUCAUGAACAAGAAAGCUUGCAUUCAGAUGGCAACCAGUGUCUGGAUCGGUGGACUUUUCUAUUCAGCAAUGCACACUGGAACUACAUUCUCUGUGGAGUUCUGUUCUAAUGUUAUCAAUCAAUUCUUCUGUGAAAUCCCACAACUGCUAAAGAUCUCUUGCUUUGACUCAUAUAUGAAAGAAGUUUGGGUUCUGACUUUUGGAUCUUGUUUAGCCUUCAUCUACUUUGCUCUAAUAGCUUUUUCUUAUGUUCAGAUCUUUAGAGCUGUUCUGAGGAUCCCAUCCAGUCAGGGGAAGCAAAAAGUCUUCUCAACUUGCUUGCCUCAUUUUAUUGUUAUCUCCCUGUUCUUGGUAAGUGGCACCUUUGUUUAUUUAAAACCAACCUCCAGGUCCCCAUCAGCAUUUGACCUCUUAGUUUCUAUGUUCUACUGCAUGGUGCCACCAGUAAUGAACCCGAUCAUCUACAGCAUAAGAAACAGGGAGCUCAAAAUGGCAUUCUGGAAGCUGCUUAUCAAUAUUUUCCCCCAAUUCUUAGGAAAAAAACAUUCUUCCUUUUAG